AUUAGAUAUUUCCUUCAACUUCGUUAAAACUUCCGACAACAACAGCCUGUUGUGUGUGUGUGUUUGAUUGUAUGAAACACUGAGAGAUCAUGUGUGUGAAAACGUGUUUGUUUCCUUUAACAUAUAUUGGAGCAAACUUAACAGAUCCGAUGUAUGAAGGAUGCUACCAUGGUUCCAAAAAACAUGAAGGUGACUUAGAUGAGGUGCUAAAAAGAGCUUUUAAUCAAGGACUUGAAAAGAUUAUGGUAACAGGGGGAAACCUUGAAGAAUCUCAAAAGGGCCUGGAAUUGGCCAAGACACAUGAACGUUUGUUCAGCACUGCUGGAUGUCAUCCCACAAGAUGUGGGGAGUUUGAAGAAUCUGGUGACCCUGAGAAAUACAUCAAGGAUUUAACGACCCUUAUCUUGUCCAACAAGGACAAAAUUGUGGCUGUUGGGGAAUGUGGCUUAGAUUACGAUCGUCUGAAUUUCUGUCCAAAAGACAUUCAACUGAAGUACUUUGAGAAACAGUUUGCCAUUGCCGAAGAGGUAAAGUUACCAAUGUUUCUACAUUCCAGAAACUGUUCUGAUGAUUUUUUGGACAUCAUAAAAAGAAACAAACACCGCAUUACAGGAGCAGUGGUUCAUUCUUUCACAGGAAGCAAAGAAGAAGCUGCAGCUUUGAUAGAAGAAGGUCUUUAUAUUGGCAUCAAUGGAUGUUCUUUGAAGACCCAAGAAAAUAUUGAUGCCAUGUGUUCCAUACCACUGGAAAGAAUGAUGAUAGAAACAGAUGCUCCAUGGUGUGAGAUUCGGCCGACCCAUGCUGGAGCAAAAUUCAUUAAGACAACUUUCCCAACAAAGAAGAAAGAGAAAUGGGAGAAAGGAUUUUGUGUGAAAAGUCGAAAUGAACCUGCAAAUAUUAUCCAAGUUCUUGAAGUGGUAACAACAGCUCGGUCCGAAGACAUUAACACUGUUGCAGAAACAGUUUAUAGGAAUACAAUGGAAAUGUUCUUCAAAGAAUCCUGAUUACAUGAACCACUCUCUCUAUUUUAUAUAUAUAUAAAACGUACAGUUUAAUCCUUGCUUAGGACUGUGAUCAGCAAGUUGAGAAGACCGAAUGGGAAACAAACUAGAUUGAAUUGGACUAAAUGUGACCAAGAAAUGUUUCCACAUCCAGUUUAUUAUAACCUAAACCAUUGUCUUUUGCUGAAAAAUAAAUUCUGUUGAUGUU